UUUAAAAAAAAAAAAAAUCUGUGACUGUAUCGCCCAUCGUUGAGUAUCUAUCUAAGAUACCCCAGGUCAACCAUGUCAAGCCGUGCAACGCAUCAUCUCCGGGGCUGCUACCCUCACGCCCUUCGAACCACAGCAGCUCUACGCGCGUCAAUCUUAUUACCUAGUCGAUGCGCGCUUCAAUCAACUGUCAGGCCAGUUGUAUUCAGUCAGAAAAAGAAUUGGCCAUCUCCGUGGCUACACCAAUUCAGCGUAUCUGCCCUCCAUGCGGCUGAAACCAAGAUCAUCUGCGUCCCUCCAAUGGCCGAAUCCAUCUCCGAGGGUGUCCUGUCGACCUUCAACGGACAGGUCGGCGACUACGUUGAACAGGAUGAAGAGGUCGCCUCGAUCGAAACGGACAAUAUAGAUGUCGCCAUAAAUGCACCACAUAGCGGAACGAUCACAAGGUUACUUGUCAGCGAGGGCCACGCCGUGCCAGUGGGACAGGCUGUUAUUGAGAUUAGCCUCAAAGAGCGCGAUACAACACUACCUUUAUCACCACCACCACCACCACCACAAGCGGAACAAACUCCUGAAUCUCCUCAGGAAGUCACUCAGAAGCAACAGACACCUAUUAGGGAAACAACACCCUCCCAAGAGCCAACAAAAGAAACAACCUCGACACCUACCCCAAUGACUACUCCACAACCCGUACCAAACAGCCAAGGUCCAGUAUCAGCCUUUCAGGGGAGUCGAUCAGAGACGAAAGUCAAAAUGUCUCGUAUGCGCCUGCGCACGGCAGAGCGUCUAAAAGAUUCGCAGAACACAGUCGCGUUCCUCACGACGUUCAACGAAGUAGACAUGAGCAAGGUUAUGGCAUUCCGCUCGCAGAACAAGGAUGACGUGCUUCAGAACCACGGCGUCAAGCUGGGUUUCAUGGGCCCGGUGGCGCGGGCCUCCGCGCUGGCUCUUCGGGAGAUUCCGGCUAUCAAUGCGUCCAUUGAGAACGACGACACGAUUGUCUUCCGCGACUAUAUCGACCUUAGCGUUGCCGUUGCGACACCCAAAGGCUUGGUGACUCCAGUGCUACGUAAUAUGGAAAACCGGACCAUCGUGGAAAUCGAACAGGGCAUCGCCGAACUGGGGGAAAAGGCUCGCAAUGGCAAAUUGACUAUGGAUGAUCUAACCGGUGGGUCCUUUACGAUCAGUAAUAGUGGAAUCUGGGGUUCGUUGUUUGGCACUCCCAUUAUCAAUAUACCACAGACUGCUGUGCUUGGGAUUUACGGCAUUCAGCAGAGACCUGUCGCUAUCGAUGGACGGGUAGAGAUCCGCCCAAUGAUGUAUUCUGCGUUGACCUACGAUCAUCGGCUAGUCGACGGCCGUGAAGCAGUAACGUUCUUGACACUGGUCAAAAAGUAUAUUGAGGACCCAGUCAGCAUGCUUGUCGCGUAAAUUGCAUGAUCUAUAUGUAUAUUUUUUAUCUUUCAAGAACAUCAAUGUUAGGUGAUGUUUCACUGUAACAAAUUAGGAAUAUCAUCGCUAUGCGGAUGGAAC